CCAAUUCCCAAAGAAACCCUCAAAUGACAGACACAUCAAGAGCAAUGUCCGUCGAUAUAACUUCCCAUUCUCAGGUUUCACUGCCGUCGCCACAACCACAACAACAAUCUACUGAGGUUCCACCACCUCUCAUCCCCACCACCGGCAGCAUUCCCCCUAUACCCAAUAAGCUUGAUGCUACUCCUCAACCCGCUCCCGAAUCUCCCGAUUUCGUCACCGUUCCUAGCUACUCCAGUUGGUUCGGAUGGGAUGCUAUUCAUGAGAGCGAGGUCCGGCAUAUGCAAGAAUUCUUCGACGGGAAAUCGUCAUCAAAGAACCCUAGUAUAUACAAGUACUACAGAGAUGCUAUCAUCAACAAGUUCAGGUCCAACCCUUCUAAGAAGCUUAACUUCACCGAGGUCAGACGUACUAUUGUUGGAGAUGUGGGCUCCAUUCGUCGAGUCUUUGACUUUCUUGACACUUGGGGCCUCAUCAAUUACUCUCCACCCUCAGGGAAGCCUCCAUUUAAAUGGGAGGACAAGGAUAAGGAUAAGGAUAAAGAAUCAUCCACCAAGACCAAUGCUGCCACUCCUCCUUCAACUCAACCUGAUACCAAUGCUCGCAAAAACACCAAGCUAUGCAGUGCUUGCAAGGUUGCUUGCACCAUUGCCUGCUUUGUUUCUGAUAAGUAUGACCUGGUGCUCUGUGCAAGAUGCUAUGUUCGUGGCCAUUAUCAGGUUGGUGUAAAUUCUACGGAAUUCAGGCGAGUUGAGAUUAGUGAACAAGUGAAGACAGAUUGGACUGACAAGGAAACUUUGCAUCUGCUAGAAGCUGUACUGCAUUAUCGUGAUGACUGGAAACAUGUGGCUGAGCAUGUGGGUGGUAGAACUGAGAAAGAAUGUGUUGCUCGUUUCAUCAAGCUUCCUUUUCAAGAGCAAUUUAUGGAAUCCACAUAUAUGGAAGAGGACAAGAAUAUGUCAAGUAAGGACCAAGUGAAUGCUGAAUCCGGAAUGGGCCGCCCUGCUAAGACGAUGCGUCUUACACCACUCGCUGAUGCAAGCAACCCUAUUAUGGCUCAGGCCGCUUUUUUAUCAGCUUUGGCUGGUUCGGAGGUUUCUGAAGCAGCUGCUCGAGCAGCGGUAGCAAAUUUAUAUGAAAUGGAUCGUGUAGUUGGUAGAAGCAGUGCUCAUUUGAGGAAAGUGCAAGACCCUACUGUUGAAUCUAGUGGCGGUUUCUCAAAUCUCACGAUAGAAGAAGCUCAUGUAGAGGCAGAGUCCCUACUCAAGCAGGAAGAGGAUGAAUUUUUAAAGUCAGUAACUACCAUUAUCGAAGUUAAGAUGAAGGAGGUGCUAGAUAAGAUCGGUCAUCAUGAAAAAUUGGAUUUGCAAUUGGAAAAAGAAUGGCGCCAGUUGGAUCAAAUGAAGCAUCAGCUUUUCUUAGAUAAACUCACUCUUUUAUUACACAAGGCUGCUGCAACUAAAUCGACAGAAUUGCCUCCAUCUAGUUGAGCUUAGUUUGCGCGUUUAGUUAUUAAUUAUUAGUUGUAUUCUUGUAGUUUCAAGUAGAUGGAAUAUCUGAUAUGUAAUUAAGUAGUUUUCUCUCAUUUUGAUUAAAUGUCCCAUUUAGUUUCGAUACAUAAUAUCAAUCAUAAUUAUUUUCUAAUUGGACA